ACUAUCGAAAGUUUAUGCAAUGAGGUUAGAGCGCCACUACCGUUAACACCCACACCUCCACACACGCACACACUCUCUUUCUCUUCUUUCUCGCUCUAUAUGUAUAUGCGCUCUACGUGUUUGUAGUAUUGCCCCAAUGGCUUUCUCCUCACCUCUCACCUCCCAUUCUCGCUUAAUCCCCCACAAACCAACCCCCUCACCUCGUUCUCUACCUCAAAAUCCCCCGACCCAUCUCCUCUUCGCCUCAAUCCACCCCACCCACCACCUCUCCGUGUCCUCCGCUUCGUCCCCGAACGCUACUCCCCAACUCCCCCCCAAUCUCUCCCCAAGCGACCUCCUUUCCCUCCUCCGCCGCGAGAAGGACGCCGAAUCCGCUCUCCGUUUGCUAAAUAUCGCUUUGAAUCGCUCCGAUUUUGCGCCGGCGUAUCCCCUCUACGAAGAGAUCCUUCAACAGCUCGGAAAGGCGGGAGCUUUCGAUCAGAUGAGGACGCUUUUCCGCGAAAUGAAGCGCUCGGGGUUCGGAAUCAAAGUGGGUACUUUUCUAACCCUCGUCGGAAGCUAUUCUAAGUUCCAGUUGUUUGAUGAAGCUGUUGAUGUGGUUCUUAAUUUCAUGGAUGAGUUUGAACUCGCUGCGGAAACAGAUGUUUAUAAUUAUCUUCUUAAUGUUCUUGUGGAGGGAAACAAGAUAAAGCUAGUUGAAUCUGUGUACUCUGAAAUGGGUAGUAGAGGAAUUAAACCCGAUGUUUCGACAUUUAAUAUAUUGAUAAAAGCUUUGUGUAAAACCCAUCAAUUGCGGACCGCAGAGUUGAUGUUCGAGGAAAUGUCUAGCUACGGUCUCGCACCCGAUGAGAUUACGUUUACUACUUUAAUGCAGGGGUUUAUCGAAGAGGAUAUGGAGGGUGCUUUGAGAGUGAAGGAGAGGAUGUUGGAGGUGAAUUGCUCGCCAACAAAUGUAACAGUGAAUGUUUUGAUUCAUGGGUACUGCAAACAGGGGAGAGUAGAAGAUGCCCUUGAAUUUGUGCAAGAAGAGUCUAUUAAGGGAUUUAAUCCUGAUAAGUUCACUUUUAACACACUUGUCAAUGGGUUAUGCCAAUCUGGGCAUAUCAGGCACGCUCUCGAGAUAUUAGAUGUGAUGCUUCAAGAAGGGCAUGAUCCCGACGUAGUUACUUAUAAUACCUUAAUUGGUGGGUUGUGUAAAUAUGGAGAGAUUGAAGAGGCUAUGGGUGUUUUGAAUCAAAUGGUAGAGAGGGAUUGCUUGCCUAAUACAGUGACUUACAACACUCUAAUUAGUACAAUGUGUGCGAAAAACCGGCUUGAAGAAGCCAUGGAGCUCGCACGUGGCCUCACACUCAAAGGUCUUUUACCAGAUGUUUAUACUUUCAAUUCACUUAUUAGGGGUCUUUGCAAGGCGGGAGAUCACGAAAUUGCUCUUCAAAUGUUCGAGGAGAUGAAGAAUAACGGAUGCCCGCCGGACGAAAUUACUUAUAACAUUUUGAUCGAUCACCUUUGUUUUAAUGGUAAGUUAGGUAAAGCUCUGGUUUUGAUGAAGGAAAUGGAAUCAAAUGGUUGUGCGAGAAGCACCGUGACUUAUAAUACUCUCAUCGACGGGUUGUGCAAGAACAACAGAAUAGAGGAGGCGGAGGAGGUGUUUGAUCAAAUGGAACUGCAAGGUGUUUCAAGAAACCUGGUGACAUACAAUACCCUAAUUGAUGGUUUGUGCAAGAAUAAUAGAGUCGAUGACGCCACGGAAUUAAUUGAUCAGAUGAUAAUGGAAGGAUUGAAACCUGAUAAGCUCACAUAUAAUUCGCUUCUGACCCAUUAUUGCAGGCAAGGAAAUAUAAAGAAGGCGGCGGAUAUAGUUCAAACGAUGACUUCGAACGGGUGCGAACUCGAUAUUGUCACUUACGGAACUCUUAUGAGUGGUCUUUGCAAGGCAAAUAGGACACAAAUUGCAUGUAAACUGCUUAGGACAAUACAAAUGAAAGGAAUGGUCCCAACUCCGAAAGCUUACAACCCUGUAAUACAAGCACUUUUUAAGCAGAGAAAAACUACAGAAGCCGUCAGGCUAUUUAGAGAGAUGAGAGAGAAUGGCGAGGCUCCGGAUGCAAUUACAUAUAAGAUUGUGUUUCGCGGGCUGUGUCGCGGCGGCGGGCCUAUAAAGGAAGCUGUUGAUUUCUUGGAGGAGAUGAUAGAGAAUGGGUUCGUACCGGAGUUCGCUUCCUUUUCCAUGUUAGCUGAAGGGCUUCUAAACUUGGCCAUGGAGGACACUCUCAAUAGGUUGGUUGAAUUGGUUAUGGAGAGGGCUGAGUUCGCGGAAAAAGAAGUUUCGAUGGUGAAGGGCUUUCUUAAGAUUCGUAAAUUUCACGAUGGACUAACUGCUUUCGGCCGAAUCCUCAGUACAAGAAAGCCGGAAAGAAGAUACAAAUGAUAUGCUGAAACUCAGAAAGAUCUGAGAGUAAGAUGGUACCAAAAGGGAGUCCUCCUCUAUGCCGUAAAAUCGAUCAAUUUGUCGAGAAGUAUAUGCAGCAACAUGAGGGGAGAGUAGUUUAAUUUCUUGUACACUUUUUGAGUUAAAUGUUUGAAAUUGCAUUUAUGAUUGAGAAUUUUCCAUAAAGUGGUUUUAGUUUCUGCAA